AUGGAUCAAGGUGGUCUGACUGAUUCAAAAAACAAUUCCCCUGGAGUGUCCAUAUUUUCCGUCAAAGCACGGGAUAUUGACUGGAAUCAAAAUGCGAGAAUAUCGUACUUUCUCGAAGAUGCACAGAUAAAUGGUAGUCCAACCUCUUCUUACGUCUCCAUAAACAGUGAAACUGGAGCAAUCCACGCACUGCGCUCGUUUGAUUAUGAACAAAUUAAACAACUUCAGCUGGUAGUUAAGGCGCAGGAUGGAGGCCUCUCUAUAUUCACAGUGAGUGCCAGAGACGCUGACUGGAACCAGAAUGCCCGUGUUUCUUACAUACUGGAGGACUCCUCUGUUAACGGAGUGCCAGUCUCCUCAUAUGUGUCCGUUAGUGCUGAUAGUGGAGUCAUCCAUGCAGUGCGCUCUUUUGACUACGAGCAGAUCAAAGACUUCCAGUUCCGCGUCAAAGCUCAGGAUGGAGGCUCCCCUCCACUCAGUAGCAACGUGACUGUGAAACUAAUGAUCCAGGACCAGAACGACAACCCUCCUCAGGUCCUGUACCCAGUCCAGACUGGAGGCUCUCUGGUGGCUGAAAUGGUGCCUCGUUCAGCAGAUGUGGGCUAUCUGGUGACUAAAGUGGUGGCUGUUGAUGUGGACUCUGGACAGAAUGCCUGGCUCUCCUAUAAACUGCAGAAAGCCACAGACAGGGCGCUGUUUGAAGUGGGCUUACAGAAUGGAGAAAUAAGAACUAUCCGCCAAGUGACUGAUAAAGAUGCUGUGAAACAAAGACUGAGUGUUAUAGUGGAGGACAACGGGCAGCCCUCUCGUUCAGCUACAGUCAUUGUUAACGUGGCGGUGGCGGACAGCUUCCCUGAAGUGCUGUCUGAGUUCACUGACUUUACACACGACAAGGAGUACAAUGACAACCUGACUUUUUACUUAGUGUUGGCUUUGGCUGUAGUUUCCUUCCUCUUCAUCACGUGUUUAGUGGUUAUUAUCUCAGUGAAAAUCUACAGAUGGAGACAGUCUCGCAUCCUGUAUCACUCCAGCCUGCCUGUGAUUCCAUAUUAUCCACCACGUUACUCAGACACUUUGGGGACAGGGACUCUCCAACACGUGUACAAUUACGAGGUAUGCAGGACGACUGACUCCAGAAAGAGUGACUGUAAGUUCGGCAGAGCCGGUAGUCAGAACGUGCUGAUAAUGGACCCCAGUUCUACAGGGACGAUGCAGCGGAUACAGAGUGAGAAGAGCAUCCUGGAUGAACCAGACUCUCCUCUGGAGGUUAGUUAA